AUGGAUACUUUUUUGCUUUGUGAUGAAGCUUGGCUCUCUACUCCUCCUCCAACUCCUGGUUACUGUAAUAAUGUAGAAAGUUACUCUUCUUCUUCGUUGUAUACUAGUAAAGAAGAGUGUGAGCAGGCUUUUUCUAUUUACUUUGAAAAGGAGUUAACCUACAUGCCUCAACAAGGAUACUUGGAACAUCUUCACUUUAAAAAUUUGUUCUCUGCAAGAUUCAGAGCUAUACAAUGGCUUAUUAAGUCUCGCAGUCGGUUGGAUCUUUCUUUUAUUACCCUCUUCAAUGCAGUGAAUUACUUCGACCGAUUUGUAUCUAUAAAUCAAUGCAAGGGAUGGAGACAUUGGAUGGUUGAAUUGCUAUCAGUGGCUUGUCUAUCUGUUGCAACCAAGUUUACUGAGACAUUUACUCCUACCUUAUACGAAAUCCAGAUGGAGGAGUUGGAUCAUUCAUUUGAAUCAAUUACAAUCCAACGGAUGGAAUUGAUGUUGUUAAAGGCAUUAGGAUGGCGCCUUUGCUCUACAACAGCUUAUUCUUAUGUAGAGCUUUUGAUGAUGAACAUUGAAGUACCCUUAAAACCUCAUCUCCAAAAGGAUUUUGUUGACCGAGUCAACCAGCUGCUUCUUGAAGCUAUACUAGAUUGCAAAUUGAUGGAAUAUCAACCAAGUAUAGUUGCUGUAUCUGCUGUAUGGUGCGGUCUAGAAGAGUUACUUCCAUCAAAAUCCGACACCCAAAUUGCAUAUAUUAAAGGCUUCUUCGACCAAAACCGAAAGAAUGAAAUAAUCAAAUGCCAUAAAAUUAUGGAGGAAAAGAUGGCUAAUGGGAACUUGUUGAACUACUGCCCUUCAAGUCCAGUGACUGUUCUGCUGACAGAAGAGAAGAUUGAUGUCUACGAUACCCAAAUUGAUCUCUCUCUCUUUCAAGUGUCGAACACUGAUACUGAGUCUUCCAAUAAGAGAAGAAAGAGGGAGGUAAGCUAAUUAACGAUUAUCUCUUUCAAAAACCAACAUCAUCUAACAAUUUUUGUUUAGCUAUUUUAUUGAAUAAUUUCAAUUGUAAGGCUAUGGGGUUGAAGUGGAAUAAGUAAUGCAUCCACAAAGUGGGCAUUUUCAUCAUCUGUAGUAAUC